GCUGCCCGGCCCGGCCCGGCCCGGCCCGGCGCCCAGAAAUGGAGGCAAACAGCCAUUUUGACUAUCCCGGCCUCCCCCCGCAACCUGCCGUCUCAGGACUGAAAUCCUCUCCCCCCACAGGGGAGGGGCUCUACACUAAGGGGCCGCCUCCUCCUCCUCCCCCUCCAGCCUGCUUCCCCCAGCAAGGGAAAGGUUUGAACGGGGACAUGAAUGUCAACGGCUUAGCUACUGUAUCUCACACUACGACUUCAGGGAUCCUGACCUCUUCCCCGCACUCCUCCGGCCCCUCGCCCGUCCACGUCCCCGGUGCGCCCUUCGACUAUCUCUGGAACUACACACAGUACCCCGCCUCCGGGGCCGGUCCGGGGACCGCGGGCAGCAGCCUCAAGGAGCCGGCGGUCGGCUCUCCCGGCCCCGUCCAGUCCCCGCUCAACGGCCUGCUCGGGGGCAGCGGGGCGGCCCCGGGCCCCGGCAGCCCGCGGGCCGCGGCACCGGAGCUGUGGGCCAACGGGACUCCGGGUGCCAUGGGGCUCCCCUUCGACUCCCAGGAGCUGUACGACACCUUCCCCGACCAGAGCUUCGACGUCUUGGCCGCGGGCCCCGGGGGCUUCUUCGGUCCCACCCAGCCCUCCCCUUUGCUAGGCUCCGGCGGGCAGGGCUUUGGGCCCGCUGGGGCGCCGGGCGCCGGGGCCCCCGGAGAGGAGGAACCGGCGGGCAAGGAGCUGGGCCCUGCCAGCAUGGAUGAUGAGGCCGUGCUGGUGGACAGCCUGGAGCUGGAGCGGGAGCAGUCCGAAUUGAAGCUAUGCGGCUACAACGGCCCUUCCGCCCCCUCGGUCAGCUGCCUGGAGGACCCCGCGCCCCUGCCCGAGCCCUUGGUGGUGUCUCCGAUCCUCGGGGAAGAUGCCUUGGAGCCCUUCGCAGCUCUGGGCCCAGGCCCGGGCAGCGGAGGGAUCUUCGGCAUGGACGACUCGGAGCUGGUGGGCCCGGCGGACAAGCUGGCCCUGCCUCCGCCCCAUAUCACCGCCCUCGACUGCCCCUCCCUCGGCGCCCCCAGCUCCUUCGGCCUCCUGGCGGACGACAGCCAGGCCUCCUCCCCGUCCUCCGCCGCCUCCCCCGCGCUCUUCGCCGGCCCCGGCUCCCCACCCGUCCUCAGGGAGUCCGUGCUGCAAGACGGUGGCUUCGACCUAAACCCCGGGGGCCGCCCCGACUCGCAGGAGGCUGCGGCUUUGGACCUGCCCCCGCCGCUGCCCCUGCCGCUGCCCCCGCCCCCGCCCCUGCCCCCAGCCCAGCUGUCUCCGGAUGCCUCGGGGGAGGACGUAGCCAGCAGCCGCUGCCCCGAGCCCUCGUCAGACCCCGGAGACAAAGGCAAGAAAGAGACCGGCAAUCUUCCGGCCAGUGGAGAAGUUCUGCGCAGGCGGAUCGCCACCCCCGAGGAAGUGCGGUUCCCUCUGCAGCACGGGUGGCGGCGGGAGGUGCGAAUCAAGCGCGGCGGCUGCCGCUGGCAGGGCGAAACGUGGUACUACGGCCCCUGUGGGAAGCGGAUGAAGCAGUUCCCGGAAGUGAUCAAGUACCUAGCCCGGAACACAGUCCAGAGCGUCCGCCGUGAGCACUUCAGCUUCAGUCCGCGCAUGCCCGUUGGAGACUUCUACGAAGAGCGGGACACCCCUGAGGGGCCGCGGUGGGUGCAGCUGGCGGCAGAAGAGAUCCCCUCGCGCAUCCAGGCCAUCACCGGCAAGCGCGGCCGACCCCGUAACACCGACAGGGCCCGGGCCAAGGAGACCCCCAGCGUGAAGCGGGGACGCGGGCGGCCGCCCAAGGCCAGGGGGGCCGAGCUCGGCAAGACUGAUGGCCGGGCCUUGGAGAAGCUGGAGGCCCAGGAGACCCUAAGUGAUGAAGACAAGGGGAAGAUGACUAAAAUCAAGAAGAAGAUGAGGAGGAAGGUCAGAAACAAACAGAAGCAGGAGGCCCGGGGCCCCAGGCAGAAGGAAACCAAGAAAAGAUCCAAGGCUGAGAAGGAGAAAGCGAAAGCAAAGCAGGACAAACUGAAGGAGAAAGCCAGAAAAGAGAAGGGCAGGGGCCGGAGCCGGGGCCGAGGCCGAGGGAAGGAGGAGCAGGAGGAGGAGCCGCCGAGGGGGAAGGAGGGGAAGGAGGAGAAGGCGGCGCCCAGGGCGAAGGCCCGGCCGGCCCAGCCCUCCCCCGCACCGGGCAAGGUGGACCGGGCGCUGGCCACGCAGCGGCGGCUGGAGGAGCGGCGCCGGAGGCAGCUCAUCCUGGAGGAGAUGAAGAAGCCCACCGAGGACAUGUGUCUGGCUGACCACCAGCCCCUGCCGGAGUUUUCCCGUGUGCCCGGCCUGCUGCUGCCCAGCCCGGCGUUCUCAGACUGCCUGACCGUCGUGGGCUUCCUGCACAGCUACGGCCAGGUUCUGGGCCUGGACCCGACCAGGGACGUGCCCAGCCUGGGGCGGCUGCAGGACGGGCUGCUGGGCCAGGGCCAGGGACCCGCAGACGUCCAGGACCUGCUGGUGCGCCUGCUGCGGGCGGCCCUGCGCGACCCCGGCCUGCCGGCCUAUUGCCAGUCUCUGAAGAUCCUCGGGGAGAAGGUGUCGGAGAUCGCGCUGACGCGGGACAACGUGUCCGAGAUCCUUCGCUGCUUCCUCAUGGCGUACGGGGCAGAGCCGAGCGUGUGUGCCAGCCUGCGCUCCCAGCCCUUCCGGGCGCAGCCGCCACGCAGCCAGGCCGCCGUGCUGGCCUUCCUCGUGCACGAGCUCAAUGGCUCUGCCCUCAUCACCAGCGAGAUUGACCGCGGCCUGGAGAACAUGUCCCGCUAUCGCAGGAGCAAGUGGAUCGUGGAGGGGCGGCUGCGCAGGUUGAAACUGGCCCUGUCUAAGCGCACCGGGCGACCCGAGACCGGGCUGUCCGGGCUGGAGGAGGGCUUGGGGCGAAGACGCAGCGCCCGCAUCACUGAGGAGACCAGCGGCAUGGAGGAAGAGGAGGAGGAGGAGGAAGAGGAAGAAGAGGGGAUGGAGGAGGAGGAGGAGGAAGAGGAGGAGGAAGAGGAGGAGGAGGAGGAGCGAGAGUCCAAAGCAUCAGCUCGCAGCCGUCGGGGCCACAAGAACGAAGAGGGAGAUGUCCCUGCGUGCAGUGCCUCGGAGCUGGAGAGGCAGAUAGAAAAACUCGCCAAGCGCCAGCAAUUCUUCCGCCAGAAGCUGCUCCACUCGUCGCAGACUCUGCGGGCCAUCUCCCUGGGCCAGGACCGCUACCGGCGCCGCUAUUGGGUGCUGCCCUACCUGGCUGGAAUCUUCGUCGAGGGAACGGAGGGGGCCACAGCCCCGGAUGACGAGGUGAAACAGGAGACGGAGCCACCGCAGGGAUCCCAGGCCCCCCCGGCCCUCCCGGCUCCCCUCUCCGCGGUGAAGAAGGAGCCCACCGAGGGACCUACCGGGACCCUGCCCAGGUCCCGCGGCCGGCCCCGCAAGACCAAGCCAGCCCUGAGCCGGCCCGGGGCCCCCACCUCCCCUCGGGGCCUCGGGGAGCAGCCCCCGCCUCCCCCCAAUGGGCUCCUCCCUGCUGAGGCCGCCCCCACGCUGCCUCCCACGUUGCCUCCCCCGUUGCCUCCCACGCUGUCCCCCACGCUGCCCUCGACAUUGCCUCCUGCCCAAAGCCAGCAUGACCUCAGCCAGUCCGCCUUCCUCUCCUGGUUGAGCCGCAGCCGCAGCCGCAGCCGCAGCCCCACUCCGACCCCCAGCCCCAGCCCCAGCCCCAGCCCUAGCCCCAGCCCCCUGCUGAGCAGCUCCGUCCUGACGCCCGACAGCAGCCCCGGCCCCCCGCAGUCGUCGGAGGGGCCGGGCCAGCCUGAGCGCCGCGGGUCCUGGUUCAACCUCCUGCCCCGCACGCCCUGCGCCGCUGCCCCUGCGUUGCCACCCCCGCCCUCCCCGCCCUCGGCCACGGCGGGCCCCAGCCCGCCCCCGGGACCGGCCACCUCACCCGCCCGCCCCCACGAGGUGAACGGCCUCCCCGCUGCUGCCCCCAGCUCACCAGCCCCACGCUCCUCCACCCCCCCGGCCCAGCCUCUGCCCAGCGCAGCCCACCAGGGGUGGCCGGGCCUUCUGGCAGAGGAGGGAGGCCAGAGCCCCCCAGGGCCAGGGAUGCCCAAGCGGAGGGGCCGGCCCCCCAGCAAGUUCCUGAAGCAGAUGGAGCAGCGCUACUUGACGCAGCUGACUGCCCGGCCCGUGCCCCAGGACAUGCGCUGCGGCUGGUGGUGGAUCCGAGAUGCAGAGGAGCUGGAAGCCACCCGCCGGGCACUGCACCCCAGGGGUAUCCGGGAGAAAGCUCUGGCCAAGCACCUCGCCAAACACGGCGACUUUCUCCGCGAGGUCUGCCGGCGGCCGGCCACCGACCCCAUCUUGGAGCCCAGCUGCCAGCGCCCUCAGUCCCAGGAGGCUGUGCAGCGCUGGUCCCCGGCCGAGCGCACUUACGAGACCGACCUGGCCGUGCUGCAGCGCGUGGAGCAACUGGAGCAGCGGGUGCUGCUGGCUGACCUGCAGAUCCGGGGCUGGACGUGCCCACCCCCGGACUCGCAGCGCGGGGACCUGCGGUACCUGGAGCCGGCAGCCGAGGUGCUGGAGGACAUCACGGCACGGGCCCGGGGCCGCGAGGGGCCGGCCCUGCCGCGGGAGCCCCGCAACCCCCUGGACCUGGCAGUGCUGCGACUGGCUGCCCUGGAGACCAACCUGGAGAGGCGCUACCUCCGCCAACCGCUCUGGCCCGCUCAGGACGUCGUCCUGGAGCGGGCACUGCUGACCAGCCCCCAAGCCCCUGGCCUGGGCCCUGCACCCAUGGCCUACGAGAUCACCCCGCGUAUGCGCGCGUGGCGGCAGACCCUGGAGCGAUGCCGGAGCGCAGCUCAGCUGGGUCUCUGCCUGCACCAGCUCGAGGCCUCCAUCGCCUGGGAGAAAUCCGUCAACAGAGUGACCUGCCUGGUUUGCCGGAAGGGGGACAACGAUGAAUUCCUGCUGCUGUGUGACGGGUGUGACCGAGGGUGCCACAUCUACUGCCACCGGCCCAGGAUGGCUGCCGUUCCCGACGGAGACUGGUUCUGCACCCGCUGCACCACCCAGCAGGCAGACGGCGUGAGCCCCCAGAAGCCAGGUUCCCCCAAACGGGGGCGGAGAGCAGGAGCGCUGGGCCGAGUGCUUCCUUUUUCCGAAGGCGAGGGGCGGCGGCGGCGGGGGGCGGGGCCGCGGGGCCGGGAGGGGCCGGCCGAGGGGCUGACCCCCGCCAAGCAUCGACGAGUGUCCCUGCGGCACCACCACGGCGACCUGACCUCCUGCGAGAUCAUCUUGAUGGAGAUGGAGUCCCACGAGGCCGCGUGGCCCUUCCUGGAGCCUGUCAACCCGCGCCUGGUGAGCGGCUACCGACGCGUCAUCAAGAACCCCAUGGACUUCUCCACCAUGCGGGCACGGCUACUGCGUGGGGGGUACGCCAGCUCCGAGGAGUUCGCUGCCGAUGCCCUCCUGGUCUUCGACAACUGUCAGACUUUCAACGAGGACGACUCGGAAGUGGGCAAAGCCGGACACGUCAUGCGACGCUUCUUCCAGCGCCGCUGGGAGGAGUUUUAUCAGGGAAAACCGGCUAAUCCGUGAGGCCGGGGGAGGGACGGGCCCGCUCCCGCCCCCGCCCGCCGGGGCCCGCAUUGCCGCCUGCUGACGCCGUGGGGCCCCUGGCCCAAGUCGGGGACCCUCCACCCCCCACCCUCCCCCAGAUUGGGGUGCGGAGAGGCCCCUCCCGGACUGAAAGCCAAAAAGAGAGAGAAAAAGUUUGCGUUUUUUUCCUUUCUGUUUAAUUGUGUAAUUAACCCCCACCCCCACCCCCGGGGGCCAGCCCCCCUCCGCCCCCAGGGCCGUGUAACUUAGCAAUAGUUCCAGUGAAUGUGUGAAACACUUGGUCCGGCCGAGGCCCCCGAGGCGGCCAGUGAAGUGGUCUUAACUCCUUGGGGCCAGACACGCUGCUUCCAGACACCCCCGCCCCCCCCAGCCCCCCAGCCCCAGAUCGGGGUCUCGUUCCUGCCCCCGGGACCCCCGGCAUGCCCGGGCUCCAGCGCCGGCUAGGGGAGGGGUCGUGGGGGGUCUGGGCCCCGUCCCCUCCCCGCCUCCUUCUCUCGGGAACUCCUCAGGGACAGCUGCGCUGAGGUUGGGCUCAAACCCUGGCUUAUCCCCACGUAGCUUUGGGUUCCUGGCCAGAGAUGGACCGACCCCGCCCGGCCUGGGCCUGGCCGCCCCGAGGCCCGUGGGCCCUGCGCCCACCGGCCGGGGUGGGGGUGGGGGUUCCCUCGUGGGUCUGACGUCCACCCGGUCUCCCCGGGGCCGAGCUGCUGCUGGGUCACCUCUGCCGUGGCCGCGGUCCAGGGCCGCCCAGCAGCGACCCUCCGGCGGGGAGCCCAGCCCAGCCCAGCCGAGCGGGGCCUAAGGACCCGGGGCUUUUCGCUCUGGCCCGGAGGGAGGUCAGUUGGGAUUGGGACUGGUCCGGCGCAGCCCCUCCCUCCCAUCAGAGAUACGGGUACUUGCACUGGGGAGGUGGUGGCCGCCGGUGCCCCGCGACCCCACAAACUUGCCUCCUGGGGUGGGGGGGCGGUGGAGCGGGCAGAACCGAGCCACCCACCCCCUCCCCCAGCCGCACUGAAUAGCCACUGAGGGGCGGGGGUGGUCACACUGAGAGAGAAAGGAAUAUUUCUCGACCCCUCCCCUUCCUUCCUCGCCCCUCCCUUCCCCCCCCCUCAUUUCUCAAGUCGCCUUUUCUGUCAGAUAAACCUCAGAACUUUUUAUUUUAUUUGAAAAGAAAUUUGCUUUUAAAUAAGAGGUGGAUUGAAGACUAUUUGAAUUGACUUUAUAUUAUGCAUAAAUAUUUAUAUUUUAUCUAAAUACUGAGCUGUAACAAACUGUUACAAGUUCGAAACUUGUAGCAGUCUUCUCUCCCUCCCUCCUUCCCCCUCUCCCAACUCCGGGCGGUUCUUUUCUGGUAUACAAUGUUCUGGAUUUAUUUUCAAUCUCUAACUUUUCGAUUUUAGUUUUGAGUUUUUCCCCUGGUUUCUGCUGUGGGUCCGACCUCCCCUCCCCUGCCCCCACCCCACCCCCCAAACCAGGGACCACAAGGCUCGGAGGCAGGGUAGAGGGGUGGGGGGCUGCAGGAAAGCUGUGUCUCCAUAUUGGAGGCUUUGAAUGGGGUUGGGGGGUGUCAAGGACCCAUGCGUGCCCACCCCCACCUAGUCAGGAAGCAUAGAUUUACUCCUCUGAGAGAGCGAUUUAAGGGGUUUCUGGAGAAAGGGGGAGCAUUGAGGUAGGAAUCAGUUUGGACCCCCCCCCCCCAGCCCCAGCCUUGCCCUGCUGACCCUUCCCCUCUAACCGGAAGAAACCACGACGUGAAAGAAGUUCCCGCGUUCCUUGUUCCACAAAAGGGACUUUAACUUUUUAUAUAACCAAAUGUGGUGUUUUAGUGACUUUUUGAUAAUGUACAGUUUUUUGUGAAUUUAAAUUUAUUUCUUUCUAUAUUUUUAGGACCAAUCUCAUUUUUAAUAAGGUUGAAAAAGGAAAAAAAGUCUAGAGCAAACCUCCUGUUGUUCCAUGUGCUGUUCCACGCGUGCAGCUGUAGAAAAGUGCUUGUCCGUUGAAUAAAAACCACAUUUGAUAGAGA